CUGUCACCAAUUCUUGUCAAUGUGUUUCUGUCUGUCUGUACUGUCAAUCCUAUUAGGCGGUAAGAGGGGAAGCUUUAGAAGAAGGACUUAGCUACUGGGCAGUCGGGGGAGCUAACUCAUUCAUUGAGUGAAUAGCUUGUAAUCAAGGAAAUUAUAUAGCACUUAGCUGAUAACAAUUCCAAUUUAUUUCCCAUACCCUAGCUAGUUUAGCUAUCUAGCAAGCAAGUAGGUCGGUCACUGCAAGUUCUCUAUAUCCGAGCCUUCCCUUUCUGUGAGAAUAGGAAAUAAGAUUACUAGUAGACAUUAUGGCGAAUUUGCUCACCAUGCAGUUUUGUACCACACUCAGAAAACCUGGGAAUCUGAAGCCUCUGAGAAGCACUUCUACAGCACUGACAAACAAACGAAGCUACAGCAGCAAAGAUAGCAAAGAUAGAGAGUACCUGCAUAAAAGCAUCGUGCCUACAAUGCACUACCAGAAGAGUUUACCCAGGUAUGUAAACAAAUGUGCAUUUCCUUUCUAGCAUGUUUUGGUUAUUUAGUUACUUCUUACCUCCUCCUAUUGCAUUAUCAAUCGUUGUUAGUAUCACAUCUUAAACAAUAAUAUAUUUUCUCUGAAAUAUAUCAAGUGCGCUAAAACCAGUUCUGUCAGUAGGUGACUGUUCAUGACAGUAAAGGGAAUGUAGGUGAAAGUGCACAUAGGUCUGAAUGAGAUACAGGAUGGCCACUGGGGGGAGUGGUUUGUAAAUAUGUACCACACAGCUGGGCUUAAAGUCCAUCAUUAUGCACUGCCGUAGAGAUACAAUAACAAUCCCAUUCAUAUCAUACUGUGAUUUAAUGAUGUGCAAUAUUUUACAAAUUCUACAGGCUACCAGUUCCGAAACUGGAGGAUACAAUCAAAAGGUAUCUGGCUGCUCAGCGGCCUCUUCUUGAUGACGACCAGUUCAGGUAAGCACCAGUCACCUUCCAGUUACUCACACUUAACACUUGAGGUGGUGCCUUGUAAAUAAUUUGUCACACACACAUUCAACUCCUUAAAAUAUGUUUGCAGUACCACAGAGAAACUGGCCCGUGACUUUGAGAAUGGAGUGGGGAAACAACUGCAUAAAGAGCUGGUAGCACAAGACAAGCAGAACAAGCACACCAGCUACAUAUCGGGUAUGGUUUUCCCAUUUUAACAGAAACCUCACAAUAUUAACCUAUGUAACUUUGAAAUAACCAUUGUUCAUACAUAGAACCCUGUAUUUUCAAAUCACAUUUUAUCUGUCACAUGCGCCAAAUACCAGUGGUGUAAACUACGUAAGUAAAAGUCUUUUUGGGGGGGUAUCUGUACUUUACUUUGCUAUUUAUAUUUUUGACAACUUUACUUUUACUUCACUACAUUCCUAAAGAAAAUAUUGUACUUUUAAUGCCAUACAUUUUCCCUGACAACCAAAAGUACUCGACAGGAAAAUGGUCCAAUUCACGCACUGAUCAAGAGAACAUCCCUGGUCUACCCUACUGCCUCUGAUCUGGCAGACUCACUAAACACAAAUGCUUCGUUUGUAAAUGAUGUCUGAGUGUUGGAGUGUGCCCCUGGCUAUCUGUAAAUGAUGUCUGAGUGUUGGAGUGUGCCCCUGGCUAUCUGUAAAUGAUGUCUGAGUGUUGGAGUGUGCCCCUGGCUAUCUGUAAAUGAUGUCUGAGUGUUGGAGUGUGCCCCUGGCUAUCCAUAAAUAUAAAUAAAAACCGCUGUCUGGUUUGCUUAAUAUAAGCAAUUUCAAAUGAUUUAUACUUUUACUUUUGAUACUUAAGUAUCAAAAGUAAAUGGAAUUGCAAAAAUAUACUUAAGUAUAUUUAAAACAAAACACUUUUAGACUUUUACUCAAGUAGUAUUUUACUGGGUGACUUUUACUUGAGUCAUUUUCUAUUAAGGUACCUUUACUUUGUAGCCAUUUGAUUAGCUGUUCAGCAGUCUUAUGGCUUGGGGGUAGAAGCUGUUAAGGAGCCUUUUGGACCUAGAUUUGGCGCACCGGUACCACUUGCCGUGCGGUAGCAGAGAGAACAGUCUAUGACUAGGGUGGCUGGAAUCUUUGGCAAUUUUUAGGGCCUUCCUAAUUUAACUAGUCAUCACAUCCUCCUCCUAGCCCCAUGGUUCGACAUGUACCUGUCAGCGCGGGACUCUGUAGUGCUGAACUUCAACCCCUUCAUGUCCUUCAACCCGGACCCCAAGACAGAGUACAACGACCAGCUAGUGCGAGCCACCAACAUGGUGGCUUCCGCUGUGCGCUUCAUGAAGACUCUCCGCGCUGGACUCCUGGAGCCCGAGGUGUUCCACCUGAACCCAGCUAAGAGCAACACGGACGGCUUCAAGAAACUCAUCCGCUGGGUCCCCUCCUCCCUGUCCUGGUAAUGAAAUGUACAGAUACAAUUAAAACAUUGUUCACAUUGAAUCAUCAACAGCCAGAUGCAUUGCACCAUCAUGCUUUAGCUUGUACUAAUUUGCAGCAUCAGUUCCUAGAUGGGCUUUACAAUAAGUGAAAAGGGAAAGACAAGAAAAUAUAGUAUAUAACUAAUCCAAACAAACAUUACAAAAUGGUUCACAAGUGGUUACAUUCUUGAUGUUCUUUAAUUUAUAGGUAUGGAGCCUUCAUGGUGAAUGCCUACCCUUUGGACAUGUCUCAGUACUUCCGCCUCUUCAAUGCGACCCGCAUCCCCAAGCAAGAGAAAGACGAGCUUUUCACCGACCCGAAAGGACGCCACCUACUAGUUAUGAGGGGAGGCAACAUGUACGUGUUUGACGUGGUGGACCGCGAUGGGAACCUGGUGAAGCCAGCGGAGAUCCAGGCCCACCUGAAGCACAUAAUGUCGGACCCGACCCCGGCCGCGGCCCACCCCCUGGGCCUGCUGACCAGCGAGAACAGGGACACAUGGGCCGGGCUGAGGGAGAAGCUCCUGGCUGCUGGGAACGGAGAGGUGAAUAUUUUGUUAUCCAUCAAACGUUUUUGUCUUGUCUUUUACCAUUAAGGACCACUUUGGAAAUAUAUAUUUUUCAAGUGAUAUCAAAUGCUUGUUGUUAAUGUAAUAUUUUUUUAUCCAAAAUACAAUGAUAUUCAGGUGCUGGGUCUGGUGGACAGUGCCCUCUUCUGUCUGUGUCUGGACGACGAGAGCAUGAAGGACCACAUCCACGUCUCCCACAACAUGCUGCAUGGGGACGGCACCAACCGCUGGUAUGACAAGUCCUUCAGCAUCAUCAUGGCCAAAUGCGGAAACGCCGCCAUCAACUUCGAGCACUCGUGGGGCGACGGCGUGGCUGUUCUCCGCUUCCAGAACGAGGUGUUCAAGGACUCUACGGAGAACCCACUGGUGAACCCUGGCUCCCAGCCUGCAGCCGUUGACUCAGCCGCCGCCGUGAGGAGACUCCAGUUCAACCUAGACGCAGAGCUAGAGAACGGGGUCACCAAGGCCAAAGAGAACUUCCACGCAGCCGUAUCCAAGCUCACCAUAGACGCCAUGCAGUUCAUGAAGGUAGAUGGAUCGUUUGCACUGAACCUGACCAUUGUUGCAACCAUUUUUCACUUUGAUGUUUGUUGCUGUCCCCCCCUGUCCUUUGUAUGUUUGGUAUUUUGGUAUUUGGUAUUUUAUUAGGAUCCCCAUUAGCUGUUGCAAAAGCAGCAGCUACUAUUCCUGGGGUCCACACAAAACAUGAAACAUGACAUAAUACAGAACAUUAAUAGACAAGAACAGCUCAAGGACCUAACUACAUAAAAAAUAAAUGUAAAGGCACACAUAGCCUACAUAUCAAUACAUACACACAAACUAUCUAGGUCAAAUAGGGGAGAGGCGUUGUGCCGUGAGGUGUUGCUUUAUCCGUUUUUUGAAACCAGGUUUGCUGUUUAUUUGAGCAAUAUGAGAUGGAACGGAGUUCCACGCAAUAAUGGCUCUAUAUAAUACUGUACGCUUUCUUGAAUUUGUUCUGGAUUUGGGGACUGUGAAAAGACCCCUGGUGGCAUGUCUGGUGGGGCAAGUGUGUGUGUGUCAGAGCUGUGUGUUAGUUGACUAUGCAAACUAUUUGGGAUUUUCAACACAUUAAUGGUUCUUAUAAAAAGAAGAAGUGAUGCAGUCAGUCUCUCCUCAACUCUUAGCCAAGAGAGACUGGCAUGCAUAGUAUUUAUAUCAGCCCUCUGAUUACAAUGAAGAGCAAGAUGUGCCGCUCUGUUUUGGGCCAUAUGUAGCUUAACUAGGUCUUUCCAUGCAGCACUGGACCACACGACUGGACAAUAAUCAAGAUUAGACAAAACUAGAGCCUGCAGAACUUGCUUUUUGGAGCAUCUCUUUAUUACGGACAGACCUCUCCCCAUCUUUACAACCAUUAAUCUAUAUGUUUUGACCAUGAUAGUUUACAAUCUAAGGUAACACCAAGUAAUUUUGUCUCCUGAACUUGUUCAACAGCCACACCAUUCAUUACCAGAUUCAGCUGAGGUCUAGAACUUUGGGAAUGAUUUGUACCAAAUACAAUGCUCUUAGUUUUAGAGAUGUUCAGGACCAGUUUAUUAGUGGCCACCCAUUCCAAAACAGACUGCAACUCUUUGUUAAGGGUUUCGGUGACUUCAUUAGCUGUGGUUGCUGAUGCUUAUAUGGUUGAAUCAUCAGCAUACAUGGACACACAUGCUUUCUUUAAUGCUAGUGGCAGGUCAUUGGUAAAAAUAGAAUAGAGUAGAGGGCCUAGAGAGCUGCCCUGUGGUACACCACACUUUGACAUUAGAGAAGCUUCCAUUAAAGAAAACUCUGAGUUCUAUUAGAUAGAUAGCUCUGAAUCCACGAUAAGUUUUUUCAACAACAGGUUAUAGUCAAUAAUAUCAAAGGCUGCACUGAAAUCUAACAGUACAACUCCCACAAUCUUCUUAUCAAUUUCUUUCAACCAAUCAUCAGUCAUUUGUGUCAGUGCAGUACAUGUUGAGUGCCCUUCCCUAUAAGCAUGUUGAAAGUCUGUUGUUAAUUUGUUUACAGAGAAAUAGCAUUGUAUUUGGUCAAACACUAUUUUUUCCCAACAAUUUGCUAAGAGCUGGCAGCAAGUUUAUAGGUCUACUGUUAGAACCAGUAAAGGCCGCUUUACCAUUCUUGGGUAGCGGAAUUACUUUGGCUUCCCUCCAGGCCUGAGGACAAAGACUUUCCUCUAGGCUCAGAUUAAAGGUAUGACAGAUAGGAGUGGCUAUAGAGUCAGAUACCAUCCUCAGUAGCUUUCCAUCUAAGUUGUCAAUUCCAGGAGGUUUGUCAUUAUUGAUCGAUAACAAUAAUCUUUACACCUCUCCCACACUACCUUUACAAAAUUCAAACUUCCAAUGCUUUUCUUUCAUUAUUUGUUUGGGAUGUAUUGCUGCUGCUGACAAAUCAAUUUUCCCUUGGGGAUUAAUAGUUAUCAUCCAUCUACCUAAAGGGUGGGAAGGAGCAGUUGAAGAAGAAGAAGCUGAGUCCGGAUGCCAUUGCUCAGCUUGCGUUCCAGAUGGGAUUCCUGAGGCAGUAUGGGCAGACGGUGGCCACAUACGAGUCCUGCAGCACCGCAGCAUUCAGACACGGUCGUACAGAGACCAUCCGGCCUGCUACCAUACACACACAGCGCUGUGCUCAGGCCUUCGUGCAACAGCCAGGAAAACACAGCGUUGAGCAACUGAUUGGCAUGCUCAGCGAAUGCUCCAAAUAUCACGGGCAGCUCACCAAAGAGGCGGCUAUGGGUCAGUCCAUUUUAUUUCUAGAUGAUCCGAUAUUUGAUCACUGAGUUGAAUAGAAUGUAGUUGAGUGAAAUGUUUUUGUUGUGGUCUCAAAUUUGGUCAGCCAUUAUCCAUAUUACAUUCUUGUCUUUUUCUGCAUGUUUCCCCCACCAGCCCAAGGCUUUGACCGGCAUCUGUUUGCCAUGAAGUACAUGGCCAACUCAAAGGGCCAGGCCCUACACAGCCUGUACCAGGACCCAGCCUACGCUGCCAUCAACCACAACAUCCUCUCCACCAGCACCCUGACCAGCCCUGCCGUUAACCUGGGAGGCUUUGCCCCUGUGGUGCCCGAUGGCUUCGGGGUGGGCUACGGCAUCCAUGAUGAGUGGAUCGGCUGUAAUGUGUCUAGUUACCCAGAGCGUAAUGUUCAUGAGUUCCUGCAGUGUGUUCAUAAGUCUCUAGACGACAUUUUCUCUGUUCUGGAAGGAAGGCCUCUCACCUAAAGAGAAGUCCAUCUUACUUUUACCGCAAAUCCUAACUUCCAUUUCAGUUGAAUUUUCGCCCAGUCAGGCAUUGACAUCAAGUGAAAAUUCAAAAUUAGUGGAAGUUGGGAUGAUUUCGACUGCAGUUGUAUAGUACAGUGAGAUGAAUGUCGGAUUUAAAAGACACUUUUCCUGAGGCAUAGUGUGGGUUGUAAGUACUGGUAUAGGUUAAUAAAGAGUGGAUAUCAAACAAGCUCUGCAUGGUUCAGCAGCAGGUAUAUUCCUAUACUGUCAAGUAGCUAUGACUGUACACAUAGAUUCAUAAUAAAUGCCCAAGGAAAUACCAAAUACACUAGUC